GUUAACUAAAACUAGCGUGACCAUGGCCACGACGACGAUGGCGCGUGCGUCGCUAGCACUCGUGCUCCUGCUCAUCACGGCGGCCGUGGGUGCAGCCAACUGCACAACCGUCGCCUACAAUGACCGCGCGCUCGUCAUCGACGGCCAGCGCCGCAUCGUGCUCUCGGGAUCGAUCCACUACCCCAGAAGCACACCUGAGAUGUGGCCGGAUCUGAUCAAGAAGGCCAAGGAAGGUGGCCUCGACGCCAUCGAGACCUAUGUCUUCUGGAAUGGCCACGAGCCGCGGCCGCGCCAGUACAACUUCGCGGGGAACUACGACAUCGUCAGGUUCUUCAAAGAGAUCCAGAACGCCGGCAUGUACGCAAUCCUUCGCAUUGGCCCGUACAUCUGUGGCGAAUGGAACUAUGGAGGACUUCCCGCCUGGCUGCGUGACAUUCCAGGCAUGCAGUUCAGAAUGCACAACCAGCCUUUCGAGCACGAGAUGGAGACCUUCACCACGCUCAUCGUCAACAAGCUAAAGGAUGCAAAUAUGUUCGCUGGUCAGGGCGGCCCGAUCAUCCUGUCUCAGAUCGAGAACGAGUACGGGAACAUUAUGGCCAACUUGACAGAUGCGCAAUCGGCCUCGGAGUACAUACACUGGUGCGCGGCCAUGGCCAACAAGCAGAACGUUGGCGUCCCCUGGAUCAUGUGCCAACAAGAUGCCGAUGUCCCACCGAAUGUGAUCAACACCUGCAACGGAUUCUAUUGCCACGACUGGUUCCCCAAACGGACUGAUAUUCCUAAGAUUUGGACCGAAAACUGGACCGGCUGGUUCAAAGCCUGGGACAAGCCGGAUUUCCACCGGUCAGCCCAGGACAUUGCUUUCGCGGUCGCCAUGUUCUUCCAGAAGCGCGGAUCGCUCCAAAACUACUACAUGUAUCACGGUGGAACCAACUUCGGCCGCACUGCGGGAGGCCCGUACAUCACCACCAGCUACGAUUACGACGCACCUUUGGAUGAGUACGGUAACAUCAGGGAGCCCAAAUACGGCCACUUGAAGGACCUCCACGCCGUGCUCAAAUCCAUGGAGAAGAUCCUGGUCCAUGGAGAUUUCAGUGACAUAAACUAUGGCAGGAACGUCACGGUCACCAAGUACACCUUAGAUGGUUCCUCCGUUUGCUUCAUUAGCAACCAAUUCGACGAUAGAGAUGCCAACGCAACGAUUGAUGGAACUACUCACGUUGUGCCUGCUUGGUCUGUCAGCGUUCUGCCUGACUGCAAAGCCGUCGCCUACAACACCGCUAAGAUCAAGGCACAGACAUCCGUCAUGGUGAAGAAACCUAACACAGUAGAGCAAGAGCCUGAGAACUUGAAAUGGUCAUGGAUGCCUGAGCACCUCAAGCCUUUCAUGACUGAUGAGAAAGGCAGCUUCAGAAAGAACGAGCUCUUGGAGCAGAUCACUACGUCAACCGACCAAAGUGACUAUUUGUGGUAUAGGACAAGUUUUGAGCACAAGGGGGAGGCCAAGUACAAGCUCUCCGUGAACACUACUGGCCAUCAGAUAUAUGCUUUUGUCAAUGGGAAGCUUGCUGGACGACAGCAUUCUCCCAACGGUGCUUUUAUCUUCCAACUCGAGUCUCCAGUGAAGCUACAUGAUGGCAAGAACUACCUUUCUCUCCUAAGCGCCACCAUGGGCCUUAAGAACUACGGAGCAUUGUUUGAGCUUAUGCCGGCCGGCAUUGUUGGGGGACCAGUGAAGCUGGUCGACAACAACGGCUCCACCAUUGACCUCUCCAACAGCUCCUGGUCAUACAAGGCUGGUUUGGCCGGUGAGCACAGGCAGAUCCAUCUGGACAAACCAGGCUACAAAUGGCAUGGUGACAACGGCACUAUCCCCAUCAACAGGGCCUUCACUUGGUACAAGGCCACGUUCCAAGCUCCAGCCGGGGAAGAGGCGGUGGUGGCGGACCUGAUGGGCCUGAACAAGGGCGUGGCGUGGGUGAACGGCAACAACCUGGGCCGGUACUGGCCUUCGUACGUGGCGGCCGAGAUGGGCGGGUGCCACCACUGCGACUACCGCGGCGCGUUCAAGGCGGAGGGCGACGGCCUAAAGUGCCUGACGGGCUGCAACGAGCCGGCCCAGCGGUUCUACCACGUGCCGCGGGUCUUCCUUAGGGCUGGGGAGCCCAACACCGUGGUGCUCUUCGAGGAGGCCGGCGGCGACCCGUCGCGGGUGGGCUUCCACACGGUCGCUGUCGGCCCAGUCUGCGUGGAGGCCGCCGAGAAAGGGGACAACGUCACGCUGUCUUGCGGCCAGCACAAGGGGAGAACCAUCUCAAGCGUGGACUUGGCCAGCUACGGCGUGACCCGAGGGCAGUGCGGCGCGUACCAGGGCGGCUGCGAGUCCAAGGCGGCAUACGAGGCGUUCGCCGAGGCCUGCGUCGGGAAGGAGUCUUGCACGGUGCAGCACACUGACGCCUUCUCCGGCGCCGGGUGCCAGUCCGGCGUGCUCACCGUUCAGGCAACUUGCUGAACUGAAUGGGUCUUCUUCACGGAAGACAGUAAUAAGAGAGCCACCCCGUCGACGCAUCACUUGUGCGCCCGGGCUGAGCCCAUCCGUCGGAGCAUAUCGACAAAUUAAGUUCGGAUGCUUGUGUGCUUGCCAAUUAAUCUCUGAUUGAUUUCAGAAACAUCGUUCUGUUCGAUUUUAGUCUACCAGUUGUUCUUUAUAUCUAGUAAGUACUAAUAGUUGAUGUAUGAAACUUGAAAGUAAAAUUUAUAUAUGUCUUGCAUAA